AUGGAGGUUCAAUGCCUCGCACUGAAAGACCUCUCAAGUCCAAGGAAGAGUUCAACGGUGGGGCCGGAGGAGGAGGAUGGGGCUCGCGGGGAACAAAAGGAGAACAUGUGUGCAGAGAAGAGAAAAUCAACACCGCUAAAAUCUGCAGAGUCCACCCUUCCUACUUUGCUGAUCAACAGAAAAGGUGCUCCCUCUGAGCUCGCCCACAUUACCCCCAUCAAACACACGUCUCUGACCGAACCCUGGACACCAACGGCUAACCUGAAGAUGCUGAUCAGCGCGGCAAGCCCAGACAUCCGGGACAGAGAGAUGAAAAAGGUGCUGUUUAGACCGAUAGAGAAUGAUAAAGACCAGCCAGCGAGCCCAGAUAAUGUGGUGGAGGAUCCAGAGGUGGAAGAUUCUUGUCAGUUUGAAGCCGCUGAUGAAGAGGACGAUGCAGAGAAAAAGCCGAGCAGAAAGCAGAAAAGUCUGGGUCUGCUUUGCCAGAAGUUCCUUGCCCUUUAUCCUGAUUACCCACCGCUUCACAGCCCCAUCUGGAUCUCGCUGGAUGAAGUGGCAGCCAAUCUGGGGGUGGAACGACGGCGGAUCUACGACAUCGUGAAUGUGUUGGAGUCCCUGACGAUUGUGGGGCGGAUAGCCAAAAACAGCUACACCUGGUACGGUCGUCAGCGGCUGGAAGCCACCCUGGAGGAGCUGCAGCGUAAGGGCCGACAGCAGGGCUACCACCUCCAGAUGGAGCAGGCCAACGAGGUCAGGGAGACCGGACCGGGCCGAGAGGAUGACGGGGGGGAAGGAGAUGCUGGAAGCGCCGGUAGCAACAGGAAAGACAAAUCUCUGCGCAUCAUGAGCCAGAAGUUUGUCAUGCUUUUCCUGGUGUCCAAAACUCAGACUGUUACCCUGGAUGCAGCAGCAAAGGUCCUCAUCGAGGAGAGUCAGGACUCAUCAAGUCACAGCAAGUACAAAACUAAGGUGCGGCGUCUGUACGAUAUCGCCAACGUGCUGACCAGCCUCAGCCUCAUAAAGAAGGUUCAUGUCAGAGAGGAGAGGGGCAGAAAGCCGGCCUUCAAGUGGCUCGGCCCAGUUGAAUUCAGCAGCUCUGUGAAUGCUGGAAACGCUUUGAAUGUAGCAGCCAUCGCUUCAUCUGAGUCUGCACAGCCACUAGCAGGACAGGAGCUCAGAAAAACAAAAAUGGCACGUCAUGCCUCCUUCAGCAUCACACCAACGUCUGUUGCAGUCCAGCGGCAGGUCAGCUCCGCACCCAGCAGCCCGAGACGUGAAGUAACCGCCCUGCAAAACCAGCCUGUGGAUUAUUCCAGAAGGACUACGAGCAACAGUGCAGCGUGUCAGCUGCAGUUUGGAAGUAAUGCUGACAACCGACCCGGCACACCACAGCAGACUCAGCUCAUGCACAACAGCAGCACUGCCCUUCCCCCCUCCUCCACCCAUUCCACCCUUCUGGUACCACACCCCCACCCGGAGCACCUCUUUGCUGCUUCCCCAUCUUCCCAUUGCUUGGCCUACCUGCCCAGCCUGUCCCAACCCUCCGUGGUCAUGCUGUACAGACCGCCAGAAACGCCCAACCAGAUGCUCGAAGGUCACACCUCACCCAGGUUGGAGGCAACGAAGAGGAAGAAGGAAGAAAGAGUGGAGGAAGAGGAGGAGGAGAUGGUACUUAAAAAGAAGGGAAAUUCUGCGUUAGAGAAAUGUGAAAAGACUCGAGCUGAAGCUUGCAGGGAAACAGCAGAGUGCUCGCAAGCUGGUACCAGGGCUUCUCCCAGUCGAGCAGCAGGCAGAGAGCAGGUGAUCAGCGAGAGUGGAGGUGGCAACACCAGCAGUGAGCACGCUCAGCCGUCACACUACCUUUAUGUCCCCAACAAUGCAGGAUUAAACGGCCUCAACUUCCUGCUCUCAGCUGGACAACCAGCAGCCAGUCUAGCACUUCCUCCCAGCAGUGUUCCCACCUUGGCACUGCCCUAUGUCCUGGUACCAUCUGCUGCCCUCUCCCAUUACCCCCUGGUGGCCGCCAGUCUACAGCAGCAAGGCUCUGAUGCUCACACAAAACUGAGCUUUGGUCUGCCUGCCAUGAUGUCACCUGCCCACUUCAUGGUGGGGGGGGGGGCGUAUAGUGUGGUGCCGGUUCCACCGCCGUCCACUCCAGAACAGAGCGGGCUUUACAGGUCGUCAGUUGGCACGCCACAUUCUCCCUCGAGACCACGACAGACCAUCAGCAUCAACACGCCAGAACCACUGACUCCACAUACGCCCAAGGAAACCCCAGCAUCUUCUUCAAAGGCUUUCUUUCAGACCCCGGGCACUCUGGGAAGUGUAGUCAGUGCUGUGCCAGCUGUCCGAAAAAGGGGAUCGGCACAGAGGAGACUGGACAUUGGCCACCAUCCAACCAGCUGA